AUUUCGUAGCGGCCGCGUCUCUGGUUCGCUAUAAAUAUAGGCCGGCUAGAGGAGACACGACCACGAGAACGAGCAAGCCAGGGAGCAGUUGAUCCAUCGGCCAACAAGCAAAGAUGCAGAUCUUCGUCAAGACCCUGACCGGGAAGACGAUCACGCUCGAGGUCGAGAGCAGCGACACUAUCGACAAUGUCAAGGCCAAGAUCCAGGACAAGGAAGGCAUCCCUCCGGAUCAGCAGCGGUUGAUCUUCGCCGGGAAGCAGCUGGAGGACGGGCGCACUCUGGCCGACUACAACAUCCAGAAGGAGUCGACGCUGCACCUGGUUCUCCGCCUGCGGGGCGGCAGCCGCGGCCAGUACAUCAUCAUGGACCCCAGCCUCCUGCAGCUCGCCCUCAAGUACAAGGAGAAGAAGAUGAUCUGCCGCAAGUGCUACGCGCGCCUCCCCCGCGGCACCACCAACUGCCGCAAGAAGAAGUGCGGCCACAGCAACGAGAUCAGGGCCAAGAAGAGGUUCCUCGACAAGCAUAUCAUGUGAAGAAGAAGAAGAAGAAGCAGCAGCACAAGGCCUAUAUAUAUCCACCGCCGUCCAAUAUGAUAGAUUUGAUUUCGUGUUAUAUAGUAGUACAGUAGUAUUUUACCAAGAUAGUCUUAAGUCUUACUAGGUUUUAACUUUUAUUAAGCCAUGCGAACUAGUCCGCGUCGAUCGGAUGCGUGUAUCGAACCAUUACUGCGAGUUAUUAUGGAUGUCUAAUGACUACA